AUGGAAUCCCAACCUCCGGCCACCGGCACCACCUCCAGGAAUGCUUCUGAACCCGUACAAUCUCAGCCACAACAACCACCAUCCUCUCUACCCGCACCUUCCUCAUCAACCCCUCCCAUUUCAGCACCAUCCCACCCUCCCCCAAUCCCUAACCCUAACCUAAUCCAAACUCCAAACCCCAAACCCCCCACUCAAGUUCUUCCUCAACCUCGUCCUCCCCCUUCAUUCAGCAGAAACCCGCCGCCGCCACAGUCCCAUUUCUCGCACUUCUCUUCGAUCCCACCUACUACUCCUCAGUCAGCUUCAUCUUUUCCGUCCACUCAUACAUCGUCAAUUUCAUCCACCUCCGCGCCAAGAGGCGGAAUGGCAAUUGGUGUACCCGCGCACCACCAGAACCCUUCCCCUCCGUUUUCUUCUACCUUUGGGCCACACUUCGGCGGAUUGGGUCGAUCAGAUUCUACCUCAAACUCUAAUGCUGCUCAGGUGAGAACGCCAAUGCAAGGAAUGGGGAUGCUAGGAUCUUUAGGUUCGGGUUCUCAAUUGCGUCCAGGUGGAAUGCCUUCACAUCAACAGAGACCGGUUCAGUCAUCUCUUAGACCGCAACCCCCUGCUCAAAAUAAUCAACCUGCUGGUUCACAAAACUUCCAAGGUCAUGGACUUAUGAGACCGUCAUCUGUGGGAUCACCUGCAACUCCAUCUCCAAGUGCAUCACAAAAUAUGCAGUCAAUUAAUCAGCCAUGGCUGUCAUCUGGGCCGCCAGGGAAGCCUCCUUUGCCGUCUCCGGCUUAUAGGCAGCAAUUGAACCCACAAUCCUUGCAGCAAAGGACACAUAUUUCUCAGCAGCAGCAGCAGUCCAUGCCAACAGCUUCACAACAGCCGCAACCUUUGCCUCCUAAUCAAGCCCAGGAGCAUUUUGGGCAACAAGUUCCGCCUUCAAGAGCUCUUCAUGUGCCUCACCAGCCACAGGUUACGAGGCUACAGGGGCCAGGAAAUCAGAAACCUUCAUCACUUGUGGCUGCACAAACUAAUGCAGUUCAACCAGGGAGUCAAAGUAGAUUACCAAAUGCUUUACCAAAUGCAGAUCCAGAAGAGUUGGGUAAAAGUGUUCUCGGAAAACGAAGCAUCCAUGAGCUAGUCAAUCAGGUUGAUCCGUUGGAGAAGUUAGAUCCUGAAGUUGCAGACAUUCUUGGUGAUAUUGCAGAAAAUUUUCUGGAGUCUAUAAUUAGGUCUGGUUGCUCACUAGCGAAGCAUCGGAAAUCAACAACUUUGGAAGCCAAGGACAUACUCUUACAUCUUGAGAAAAAUUGGAAUAUUACACUUCCUGGAUUUGGUGGCGAUGAGAUUAAAAACUACAGAAAACCACUUUCAACUGAUAUUCACAAGGAGCGCAUAGGGGCUAUAAAGAAAUCAAUGGUAGUAACUGAGGCUGCACAUCCUAGAGGCUCUGCUGGUCAGGCUUCUGGUGGUGCAAAAGGUAGUCAGGCAAAGACACCUUUCAGUGUCAUUGGCUCUCCCAACCUUAAAAGUUCAUAA